AUGACCAUGAACAUUCUUGUUGUAAUCAUGAACAUUAUCAUAAAUUAUUCCAAAAAACAGUCGAAAAAAACUUCAAACUCCAUCUUCGUUACAAUAAAAGUGCAACUCGCGAUUAGUAAACCUCACCAAAAAAAAAUGCCACCAAAGAGAAAAGCCACCACAAAAAAAGCACCAAAGAAGAACCAAAAAUCAGCAUCCAAUAAAUCAUCAUCAAGACUCUAUGAAAAAUUCUUACAGGAGGAAAAGAAAAGAAUUGAACAAGUAGAUGAACACAUGCUCAAGUUUGUUGAAUCAACUUGUUAUGAAAAUUAUCAAAAGAAUGAUGAUAAGAAAGUACGAAAUUAUGAUGAAUUUUGUGAUUUGAUGAUGGAUGUAUUGGUAAGAAAGAAGAGAAAAUAUGAAAUGGAACGUGUACCUUCUUUAAUCAAAUCAUUACCACCAGAAGUUGUUGCCUAUUCGAUUGUUCCAUUUAUGGAUUUGGAAAGUGUAUUGAAUGGAUCAGUGUUUUUGGUUUGUCGUUCUUGGUAUGAAGGUAUGAUUGAUGAGGAAAGAAUGUGGCAAGAAUUGUUUUGUAGAUUGUGGGAUAUGACAUUGGAAAGUUUGAAAAAUUGGACUAAAUGGCCAACACAAUACGAUAGCAAUGAUACAUAUGUAGAAAUUAACAGAACUACUCGUUUUACAACAAAACCAACUAUAUUUAAAAAGAGUGGCAAGGAGAUGAUUAAAAAGCACUCAUAUCAAUUUAUGAAGGAAUUUUGUUUGUUAAAACACGCAAGUUUUAACAAACAUUCAAGAAUUGGACCUGUGAGAGCUUUCUUUUUAACUACCCAUCAGGAUAGUAGUUAUGCUGAUACUACUCUUAUUGCACCAUCCCUUUAUUCAAGAUUUCACAUUACAUCUGUAGAUCACAAGUUGACCUAUAUUAGUGUAACUGAUGAUGGAGAUACUAACAAUACAAUAUCAACUAUUCACUUUACAUUGGAUUAUUACACUGCACUCAUUCCUUUUUCUAUGAGGAUUGAUGUUGACUAUAGUGUUUCCUAUGGUGGUGAAGCUCAUGAAAAAGGUAUUUCUAUUUCUGUAUCUAGAUUACACAGUGAUCAAGCUAGUGACUUGAAAAAACCAAAAAACCAAACUAAACUCAUCUUGAAACAAAGUGAGGGGAAUGGAGCUGACGAGGAAGAGGAGAAUGAUGAGGAUGAAGAAUCUGAACAAGACGAAACUGAUGGGGAUGAACAAAGAGGUUUAUCAAAUAGAGAACAAGCUAUUUCAACAUUUAAGAAAGAAUGGAUUGGACAAGAUUUUGUAAAGAUUGAUGAUGAUGGUCAAUGUUGGUUGUUCAAAUUUAUUUCAACAUUGGGCAUUAAUUUGCUGGAUGAAGCAUUGUACAGAAUUAAUGAUAGAUAA